AUGAAAACAAAAAAUAAGUUACUGUUUUCUAAUAUAAUUUUUAUGUUUAUGUGGUUAAGUUGGGUGCGCUAUAUUAGCAGUGAUAAGAAUAAGUUUAAUGUAUCUUUGGACGAAAACUACAAUCUUCUUAAAAAGCUAGCUAGAAGAACAUGUAGAUUAUUAUCAAAAUAUAAGCCCAUUAAGGAUUCAAUUACUGUAUUAUUAAAAGAAAAUAUUUCAAAUAAUGAAAAAUACAAAGAAAAAUAUGUAUUAAACGAUGUUGAAUUAACAAGAGGAAGUUAUAUACAUCCAAGUAAAAGUUCAUCAAAUAAUAUAGAAUGCUAUGAAAAUUCUAGGAAAAGUAAAUCUUUAGUAUGCCAAAGAAAAGAUCCACAUUUUGGAAAAAGAAUAUUAGACAAAAUAUAUUAUUCAAAUAAUGUUAAGUGUGCUAUGAAUUCUGAUUUUAAUUUUUUAAAAAAUUGUAAAAAAAACAAAAUAUACUUUUUGUACGCUUUGUUUUUCUUAUUUGUUGUACGGCUAAUACUAGAUAUUGCUUCAAUAGAUUUUAAGAACUGGAAUAUUAACUUAAAAUUUCUACAAGAAUGGGAGAUACCAGCACAAAUAUUAAGCUAUAUAUUGACUUUAAUAUUUUUAUUAAUAUUUAUUUUAGUCUGCAGAAAGAUUAAAAAAUACGAUAAAAUGUUGCAUGUAAAAAGUGAAAUUAAUAAUAGCCAAUAUAAUCAUUUCCAUAGAAUAGGCUUAUAA